AUGAACACAGCGGUGUACAGACCCGGGAACUCGGCACAGGGAUGGUGGGAACCCCUCAUAAUGAACACAGCGGGUGUACAGACCCGGGAACUCGGCACAGGGAUGGUGGGCACCCCUCAUAAUGGGCACAGCAGUGUACAGAACCGGGAAUGCAGCACGGGGAUGGUGGGAACCCCUCAUAAUGGGCAGAGCAGUGUACAGACCCAAGAACUCAGUACAGGGAUGGUGGGAACCCCUCAUAAUGGGCAGAGCAGUGUACAGACCUGGGAACUUAGCACAGGAAUGGUGGGAACCCCUCAU